GUUGUUCAUCCACCUAUGUGAAAAUAGGCUCCAUUACGUGAUGAAUCCCAAUGAAAUGGACUACGAGCGGAUGAAACGGGUCACAUAAUGUGUGACUCAUCGUCAAGUACGAUCCAUCGUGAAAGCAUAUAAUGGUGAAGGUUUCGAGAAUUCGGUUCAUACCCAAGAAGUGCUGGCGAAGAAGAAGGUAGCAAGAGAGAAGAAGCAAGAAGUAGCAAGAGAUGGCAUCACGCGGUGAUUAUAGAGCUCUGUCACGAUCUCUGACCGUGGGUGUAGGCAGAAGCCCAAGGAUGCCGCCGCCACCACCCGUGACAGUGGCUGCAGGUCCCACGAUCGGGGUAGGUACAGCCAGCACGGGCGCAGCACACACCAAUGUCACGAUGGGAGUGGGUACGACACCUUUGGUCAAACAACCAAGAUCGGGUCGAGGAGACCGUAUUCUCAACCAAGCCCAGAUGCAGCAAAAACUGGAAGAGAUUUUGCGACAACAAACGGUGGCGGGUCGUCGUAUCACGACCACCAACACGAUCACGGCCACCUAUAAAAACGGACAACGUUCUACCGUGACAAGCAAUUCGACCAGUUACGUAACUGAGAAGAUGAGGACCAUCAUGAGAAGACGUCGUUAGAGAAAGAGACAGCAACGUGGAGAAGGUUUCCUUGACAUCAUAUCACCUGUUCAACCCACGACCAAAUCGUUGGCUCAAAGUCACUGGAGAAGACAACGUGGUGGAGAUCUUGUGAGUGCCUUGUCUACACUAGCUCCCAUCGGUAAAGGGGCCGUGUUGGGGUUGGUCAGAGCUUUGGGCAAACGUGCCGUGAAAACUGGAAUCCGAGCUGGAACUGGGGCCGCCAUGGGUGCCGCCGGGGCAGGCGUUAGCUACGGGGUCCGAAAACUCGUGAAAAAACGCAAGAAACGACGAUAAAAAGAUCGAUCUGAUGGCGAGAUUACUCAAUCGGAUUAAGAUGUUGAGGAGUGAAGUCAAGUGGUUCUCCUACUUCUUGCAUCUAUGCAGAUCCUCUCACUCUUACUGGGAUGAGACCAGCAUGAAUCGCCAUAUGGACCUGCACAAAGCAACUCCAAGACGAAGUCGGGCACUCUCCCCACUGUCCACGCCCAGACUCAACGUUCCACGUCGCACUCGUUCUCUGGACCGAGUCCGCGACGACGACGACGACGAAUGGAUCUUCGAUGACGACGAUGACUGGAUCUUCGAUCCGUCCAUCGACCAGAUCUUAAACCAAAACAGCAAAAGAUCACACGACCAAGCCUUCUCGGACGAUGAUGACACGCAAUAUGGCGGCGGCGGCGCCACCCAUCUCCUAGACUUUGAACUGCCACCCGUAGGCGCCCCACGCAACUGGAGACGUGAACAAACGUCGAUACGAAGCCACGCUCAAACAACAAAGACUAGACACAGAGAAGAACAGGAGACCGAGAAGAACAUGGAAGCUUGGACUGGUACUUCUUACAUAUCCGGGAGCAGAUGGUCUUGUGAGGAAAGCAAGAAUUAAAACUGCAACUUCAGUUUAUGAUCGACCGAUUCACAAACUUUGUUUAAUUCCAACAAAGGAAGAACUAAGUAAUGAAACAUAAGCAACUACAAAUGUCACGAUAAACGCACAUCGUUGCUCAAUCUAAUCACAUAAUAAUGUAAUAAGAUUUCCGCACUGGAUGGGGAGUGUUUUGCACGAACACGAAGUUAUCUUAAGUCCUUGCAGGAUUAUGUAACGUCCCUAGGGACAUACCACUAUAAAAGGGAUCACGCGGUUCGAAUCUCGCAGAGGGAACGUUAUUUCGUUAAGAGACGAAGGGAAGGGAUUACAAGAAUUGUAAGUAGAAUUAUAACAUAUUUUCAGUUUGUAUUAGUUCAAGGUCAACUACGACAAUUACGGCAGAGCCUCAAAGUAACUGUAAUUUGUUUCUUUCAGCUUGACUAUAUACUUCUAGACAGAAGGAGUGUAAAAAUAAAUCCUCAAAAUUCCCAGCUGUUGUGGCCUGAUUCAAGUGCAAACCAGUUUGAGUUUUUGCCGACGACUUUUGUAGUCAUUUUGUCAGCUUUACCAAUCGUUCUAAAAGUUCGUUCAACUUCGAAGCUAAAGUCCAGGGCCGGGUUGUUCAGCAGCCGAUUAACGCUUACCCAGGAUUAAAACUUACCAAAGUAUAUUGUUUUUUCUUGUAUACAAAUAUUUUUCACUGCUUUUGUUUUC